UUCACUGCAAGCUGAUGGAUCAAAUUUCAAAUGUUGCUAUGACAUCUUCGUAUAUAAUAUAUCCUAGGUAAAUUCUGAUGUUGAUUUCAUUGAAGGAAAUAAAAUUAGCCCGGAUCUGCGUUUCUUUUGCAAUGCGACGAAUAUACUAUGAUGGCAAGCCAAAAACAAACGAAUGCUUCUGGUUUAAAGAUAGCAAAAAUGGAUGUGAAAAGCAAAAGGAGUAUUUUAAGAGGAUCAAAGACCUUGAUUGUCAACUUCUUUCUCAAGAACAAAAACAUUUAAUAGAUGCAGUGGAACGAUUAAAGCAACAGCGUUAUCCACAGCGAAAACCUCUCAUUUUCAAUGAAAAUCAAGCUUCUCUUGAUGGAAAUGAAAAAGUUGAAAAGAAGACAUCAAAAAAUACGUUGAGUAUUCGAAAGGAAUGGAGUUUAAGCCUAAAAGGAAUGUCACUAGACACCAGUUAUGACAACAAUAAAAAGAAGUCGAGCAAUCUUUUAACGAUUGAAAAAACUAAACAGACAUCAGAAGUACCUAUUAGCACCGUACUUGUUCACUGGAAAACCAAACCACACUUAAGGAUACAUUCAAAUUGCAAAAUUAUCUUGCAAAGUUUGCCAUGCAUACCAAAUGUGGGCCACAAAACUAACAUAGAGCUUGAAAACAAGCUGAGAAUCUGGGAAUUAGCAAAUGGAGAAUUUCAGCAUCAAAAUGUUUCAAAAAAAACAGCAAUCAAGACUGGAAAUUUUAAGAGACAUUUGUCGAAGAAAGGAUUCAUUGAAGGAAGCACUUUAUCAUCUAUGAAUGGCAAAUUAUCAGGCCAAAAUAAAAGGGGAAAUAGUUUAGAAAUAUGGAAUAGCAAACACAACACCUCCCAAUAUUGCAAAGAAAAAUUAAAUGAAACGGCUGACAAUAUGGAGGAAGAUAAAUUGCAAAAUACAAAAGAGCCGCCCCCAACAAGGAUCAGUUCACACAAGUCGAAAUCAAAAUAAAUUUAAAUUGUACAUUGUCUUCAUAUCAAACAUUUUUAAGCCAAUGUCGCAGCAUUUAUACCUGUGACAACUCUAACAACGAACUCUAACAUAAUUUAUGAUAUUGGUGUAGUGACAAGUGCUUUAA